CUCCCUCUCUCUGUAGGUUUAGUAUCGUGAGCCGUUCGUCUGCUGCUCUUCUCUGUUCCGGUCAGCAGUGAAUCGGGACGUUUGGACUCCUCAUCUUCAUCAGAUUGAUUAAUGAUCUGGGUUUGAGUCUGUCUGUGAUCCACCUGUGGUUUGGGAGUUGUUUUAACAAACUUUCCUCUGUGAAAGGUGCGUGGGUCUGGACAUGAGCGCUGCUCUGCUGAAGGUGGGUGCGGUUCUGAGCACCAUGAUCAUGGUCACUAACUGGAUGUCCCAGACGCUGCCGGGGCUGGUGGGACUCGAUCCACACAUCGCUCGCCCAGGAACCUCCGAGAAGAUCAUCAGCCAGGUGUCGUACCCCGGAGAGGACGAGGGCUGGCAGGUGUACGGCUCUGUUCAGGGGAAGUGUGUGUGCUCCAUCAUGACUCCAGCUCACAGCGUCUGCGGCGGAGACCCUCGACACACUCGUCUGCAGCUGAUCUCUGACCAGCUGCUGAACGUCUCUCAGCACAUGGAGAUCCUGAGCCAGCGGACCACUCAAGAUCUGCAGCGGCUGAGAGACUCUGAGACCCUCCUGCAGACGCUGGAGAGAAGACUGAACACGGCCCACGAGGAGACACACCGCCUGAGCAGCACAAGCCUGCAGGUGUGGGUGAUGGAUGGUUAUUUUAAAGGCAGGCGUCUGGUGGAGUAUCAGUCUCUCGGUGACUUUGCUACUGGACAGAACUUCAUCGUCCAUCAUCUUCCUCACCCAUGGGCAGGUACGGGUCAUGUGGUGUAUAAUGGCUCUCUGUACUAUAACAAACACCACAGUAACGUGGUGGUGCGCUACGAUCUGGCGUCCGGUGGUGUUCUGCAGCAGCGUCCGCUCGCUCAGGCCGGGUUCAACAACACCUUCCCGUACUCGUGGGGCGGCUCGUCCGACAUCGACCUGAUGGCCGAUGAGAUGGGGCUGUGGGCUGUGUACUCCAGCAUUGGCCGCGGUGGGAACAUGCUGCUGAGCCGGCUGGACCCCGACUCGCUGGAGGUGCUGCACUCCUGGGACACAGGCUUCUCCAAGCGCAGCGCCGGAGAGUCCUUCCUCAUCUGCGGCUCACUCUACGUCACCAACUCACACCUGGCCGGAGCCAAAGUGCACUUUACCUUCCACACGGCCUCAGCCUCGUACGAGUACACCGACAUCGCCUUCCACAACCAGUACUCACACAUCUCCAUGCUGGACUACAACCCACGCGUCAGAGCGCUCUACACCUGGAACAACGGACACCAGGUGCUGUACGACAUCACGCUGCUGCACUUCAUCAGGACACGCCACGCAAACUCCACCGACUGACUCCAGACACCCUGAUCCUGCAUGAGCCACGCAUGCAUACUCACCUUCCCUCUUAGAGAAGAAAGAACUCCAAAUAUGCAAAUAUGUGACCCUGGAGCACAAAACAUGAGAUUUUCUCAAUAUUUAGAUUUUUUUACAGCCUCAGAUUACAGAUUUUCAAAUAGUUGUAUCUCAGACAAAUAAUGUCAUAUCCUAACAAACCAUUCAUCAGUGGAAAUAUAAUUUAUUCAGAUGAUGUAUAAAUCUCAAUUUCAAAACAUUGACCCAUUUUGACUGGUUUUGUGGUUAAGGGUCACAUAUGCAUCUUCGGUUUCUGAGAGAUUAUUUGUGAAAAACAAGCAACUGUUGUGAAAUGCACUUCUGUAUGUACAUACAAUUUCACAAAAAUAAAUAAAUGUGUCAGUU